ACCGCGAAAGGGCCAGGUAAGUAGCAGGUGCGGCGUGACGUCAGUGCUUGGUAACCUGCUACCGAGAAACAGGGAGAGAGGGAGUUAGGAGAGACAAAGGGAAGUAAGAAGAGAUUUGUGUCGGUGUUGAAGUUUAUAACUUCAGUCUGUACAGUGUGGCUCCACACAGACCCACAUCAGCAUGGGGAAGAAAAAAGAGGAUCAAGAACAGCAGCAGUCUGAAUAUGGAGAGCCAACACAAUUUGACCCGACAUUUAAUGGACCCAUUCAUAACAGGAGCUGCACUGAUAUCAUCUGCUGCAUCCUUUUCAUGCUUGUCCUCGUCGGAUACAUGGUGGUUGGAAUUCUGGCGUGGCUUUAUGGCGACCCACGGCACGUCCUUUACCCACGCAACUCCACUGGCAUGUUCUGUGGCCUCCCACCCAAUGAGAAUAAGCCGAAUGUGUUUUACUUCAAUAUCCUAAAAUGUGCCACAGCGACAAACAUCAUGGCCGCCGCACUUCAGGGCCUCCAGUGUCCCACCACUCAGAUCUGCGUGAGUUCGUGUCCUAAUAAUUUCUGGUCUCUGGACCCUCAAGCCUACAUUUCUAAAACUUCAGACUUAAAGAAUUACUUUAAACAGGAACUGUGUGUGCCGUCCUUCAACCUCAGCAGCAACACACUUACAGCAACGGAGAUCAUUAACAGGGAGCUGUGUGCAUUCUUCUACACACCUACCUCUCCAGUGUUGGGAAGGUGUUUACCCACUUUAGGCCCGGUGUAUAAUAACAUCCCCAGCAACUUCACUCUCUACGGCAUGGGGUCCAAUCAGACUGUGAAUAUGAUCAAGAACGCUACGGGUGACGUUGUGGGUGGGUUUAACGCCAGAGACGUGGGCGUCCGCAUCUUCGCAGACUUUGCUUCGACUUGGCAGUGGAUCGUUCUAGGACUGGUGAUAGCGAUGGUCAUCAGUUUGCUGUUCCUCAUUCUGUUACGCUUCUUGGCAGCCAUCUUGGUGUGGGUCCUCAUCAUUGGAGUUCUGGCAGUAGGAGCAUUUGGUAUCUGGUACUGCUAUAACGAGUAUGCGUUGUUGGCUAACUCCACUCUGACCUACAAUAACGUCGGCUUCACCACCAACGUCAAUGUGUACCUGCAGAUCCGUGACACGUGGCUGGCCUUCUUGAUCAUUCUCUGUGUGGUGGAGGCGAUUCUCCUCUUGACUCUCCUCUUCCUCAGAACUCGAAUUCUCAUCGCCAUCGCUGUUAUUCAGGAGUCCAGCAAGGCAGUGGGCUACAUGAUGUCAACGCUGGUUUUCCCAAUAAUCACCUUUGUGAUGCUCCUUGUGUGUGUGUCCUACUGGGGCAUAACCGCUCUUUAUCUGGCUACAUCCGGAGGCCCGGUGUACAAUGUUGUAGCUUUGAACUCUUCAGAGGCCGGCUGCAGCUCCAUCAACGGCACCCAGAGCUGUGACCCAACGACGUUUAACAGCUCGGCGUAUGGUAGCUGUCAGUCUGCACGCUGUGUGUUUAUAAAGUACAACACGGACGGACUGUUCCAGAGGAACCUCUUUAACCUGCAGUUGUAUAACGUAGUGGGCUUCCUGUGGUGCGUCAACUUCGUCAUCGCUCUGGGACAGUGCACACUCGCCGGAGCCUUCGCCUCCUACUACUGGGCCUUCCACAAACCCUCUGACAUCCCAUCAUGCCCUCUGAUCUCCUCCUUCAUGAGGGCGCUGCGGUAUCACGUCGGCUCUCUGGCGUUUGGGGCUCUGAUUCUCACUCUAGUGCAAAUAGUGCGCAUCAUUCUGGAGUACAUUGACCACAAGUUCAGAGAGGUUCAGAACCCCUGUGCUCGGUUUCUGAUGUGUUGUCUGAAGUGCUGCUUCUGGUGUCUGGAAAAAUUCAUCAAGUUCCUCAACAGAAAUGCUUACAUCAUGAUCGCCAUUUACGGCAAAAACUUCUGCGUCUCGGCCAAAAACGCCUUCUCCCUGCUCAUGAGGAACAUCAUCAGGGUGGUCGUGCUGGAUAAAGUCACUGACCUGCUGCUGUUCUUCGGCAAACUCCUGGUGGUGGGAGGAGUGGGUGUCUUGGCGUUUUUUUUCUUCAGCGGUAGGAUCACGAUUCCCAACUCGUCCUUCACAGCUUCAUCACUCAACUACUACUGGAUGCCCAUCAUCGCGGUAGUGUUUGGUGCGUAUCUCAUUGCGAGCGCGUUCUUCAGUGUCUACAGCAUGUGUGUGGACACACUCUUCCUCUGCUUCUUGGAGGAUCUGGAGAGGAAUGACGGCAGCGCUGAGAAACCCUACUACAUGUCCAAGAACCUGAUGAAGAUUCUGAACAAGAAAAACAAACAGCCCAAAAAAUGAACCUUCACUUCCUGCUCCACUAAAAUCCUGUCACAUGACCAAUCGGGUCCUCUACCUGCUCCUACACACUGCACUUUAACCUCCUUUAUUAGCGUUUAUUGUUUUAGCGUUCAUCAAUUUUUUAGCAUUCAUUUAGCCCCCGUUAUUCACGAAACGUAACACUUACUAAAGACUAAUCCCAGACUCAACACCUAACCAUCCAGCUCAACUUUUACCCUCACUUUCAGGGCGUUUUAUUAGCAUUUGUAUAUGUUUAACAUUAGCAUGUUUCAACCUUCAUUUCGAACAACUAAUGCUUCAAAGACUAAUCCCGGACUCAACACGUCUUGCCAGUGUCUCUCUAAACAUCAGAGAGAAUUUGUUUGAAUUCUUUAGUAGGAUAUUUGAUCUUAGCUGUAAGACUUAUUUAACAUUUGAUUAGCAUGUUUUUCUUUUAUUGUUUUAGCAUUAGCAGCUACGUUCACUCAAUGUAUUCAGCUUUUAAAGACUAAAAGAAAUCCAAGACCAAAUGCCCCUUUGGAGCAAAGUAUGUUUUAUACUUUUUUUUUUUUUUUUUUUAGAACAUUUGUUAGCAAAGAUUUAUGUACCAUAGUUUAUAUAGUUGCAUAGAAUUAUGUACCAGGGUACAAAACUGACACUCCUGGAAAACUUAACACUCCACAAAUACUAAUCCCAGACUUAACGUUUUACACAGACACUGGUUAGACGUGUGAAAUGAGGUGUGUUUAUUAGCUAGGUUCUUUUUGAACUUGCUAACAUUUAGCCUUGCUUAACGAAAUAUAAAUUUAAACAGUUGUGACGGAUUAAACCAAAGAUGAGUAACACUAACCCCAAAUUUAACAUACACACGCACACACACACUUAACCAGUGUUUGUCUAAAUGUUGGUCCAAGCCAAAUGUAUCCUUCAUCCCUAGAAAUUAUGAUUAGCAUGUUUUUUUUUAAAGGUUGAUUAGCAUUAGCCUCCGCACUUUUAAGUUUAUCUAUGCGAUUUAUCCAGCAAACACUCCCCCAAAACUUAACACACUUAACCAGUGUUUGUCUAAAUGUCAGAGAAAGAUAAACUUGGCCUUCUUUUCUAGAAGAUAACACUGAUUAGCAUUACUUUAGCUAUACAAUUGAUUUAACAAACACUCCCAAAGACUAAUCCCAGACUUAACAGCAUUUUCCAUAGAUAGCUGUGUUAUUUUAAGCCCCGGGGCAGCGAGUCUGAAACACGUGAGUGAGGAGGCCAUGUCCUCUAGUGUGUGUGUGUGUGUGUGUGUGUGUUUAAGAGGUUCCAUGUUGAGAUGAAAGGGUUUUAUAUUUUGUACUGAAGUGUGUGUGUAUACAGAUGAUUUAGCCGAGUGCCUCCAAGAUUCCGUUUUUACAUGAAUACAUUAAUAUUUGCAUGACAGGCAUUUUGAAUGACGUUUCUUUCUAACUGUGCCGAUCGUUUUUAUAAACCCAAUAAAGCCAUAACACUCUGAUUUUUAUCGUCUGCAGCUUUUAGUGCCAGGAGAAAGUUGAACUUUUGAACAAAGAAAAGAUGUUUAUUUAAAAUCCGUCAAAAAGUGAUGAUACUGUAAAAUGUAUAAAUAUAUUUCUAUAAUAAUUCUAUAUGAAUGACUUUAUAGCUGAUUUCUAUGAGCAGAGUGUAUUUCUACAACUGUGAAAUAAAGUGUUGAAUAUAAAGGC